AUUUGUUUUGCUUGAAACCCAAUCAAAACAAGUCUGCUCAUCACCCAAGACUAGGCUCGCGACUAGCCUGACGUAUACUACGAGUUACCUACUAGCCUCCCAUAGUUGUUCCUAAGAGGGUUACCCAAAUCGAGAUCUUGUACACAACAAAGACGCAUUGAACUUGCAGCUUGAAGGCGCCGCUGUCUCCCCGCCCCAUGUCUUCUUCAUCAACCGCGAAUCCUUCUGCGGCGGACGAAACACUCCGCGCCCAAAUCUUCCAGCGACUCCACCCUCGCGUAUACCUAGAAAGAUUCAUCGCCGAAAAAAUCAGACCAGACGGACGGACAUUCGAUGAAUGGCGCAACGUUUCUGUGAAUGUCGGAUCGAUAUCAACGGCUGAUGGCUCUGCUCUUGUGCGUAUGGGAGAUACUACGAUCGUUUGCGGCGUCAAGGCAGAAAUAGCUGAACCUGAGCUUGAUCGGCCUGACCAAGGGUUUUUAGUUCCCAACAUCGACUUGCCCGCGAUCUGCUCUCCGAAAUUCAAACCGGGUCCUCCAACAGAAGAAGCUCAAGUCCUCUCUGAUAGAUUGAACGAAGCACUCGUCGCCUCAGGCGCGCUUUCUUUAGAUUCGCUCUGCAUUCACCCCGGGAAGGCUGUGUGGACGCUUUAUGUGGAUUGCACAUGUAUAAACUACGAUGGGAAUGCGUUUGAUGCGGCGCUGGUAGCUAUGUUGGGCGCGCUUAGAAAUACUACACUGCCAAAAGCCACUUAUGACGACGAAACGGGGCGUACGACGUGUUCGCGAAAAACGAGAUCACCUCUACUGUUGAAUCGAAAUUUUGCUUCGACGUCGUUUGGGGUGUUGGACAAAUCGCACGUUCUCUCAGAUCCGACUGCAUUUGAAGAACCUCUGAUGGAUGUUACAUUGACGGUCAUUGUAGACGAGCGAGGGGAACUUAUCAGCACGAUGGAGUCGGGCGGCGCCAUUUCGGAAGAGACGCUGUUGCAGUGUAUUAGUAGAGCGAAAGAAAGAGCUUUGCAGCUGCAGAAGCUGUUUUGAUUUCAUUCGUUGAUUUUACUGGACGGGUGAUGAGUUUGUCGGUCGGGCGGCGGCCAGGUGAUCCGGGCUGCAUGAUGUCAGAUCUGAGUGACACAAUAAUUUCUGGCAGCUUCAAGAUCAGGCAUGUCAGAAUCAGUACAGAGCAUGUGGG